AGCUUAAUGUGUGCUCUGAACGCUGAUUUUCAAACGCUGAAUUCCAGCGUGUCGACUUGAAGGUAUUCACGACAGAUUCCUGUGCCUCAGCAAUCCUUUUACUUCUGCUUCCGUGCAAAGGAUAAUGUAUCGUCAUAUGUCUCGAUGUGGUCGCCAACUAGUGCAGAUUUUAAGACUAAUAGACUCACUGCUGAAGACAAAGAAAAGUUCUUAGACGAGCAUAACAAAUUUCGCGGAAUGGUGAAACCAACUUCGGCCGACAUGGAGUUUAUGGAGUGGGACGACAAUUUGGCCAAUAUGGCUCAAAUGUGGGCGGACAAGUGCAUCUGGGAACACGGGUUUCUGAGGUUCGGUAGCCAAUAUCCAUACAGCGUGCCUUUCAAGGGACAAAUAGGUCAAAACCUUGCCCAAGAGUAUGGCAGGCUUUCGAGCCCAGAGGACCGCGUCAAGAGGUGGUACGAGGAAUAUCAAUACUACACAUUUAGCAAGUACACAAGCCCGAUGGGAGCUUCUUGUAAAAAGACACCUUGUGGACAUUACACACAGAUUAUGUGGGCUAAAUCUAUAUACCUUGGAUGCGGAGUAAAUUUCUGUUCAAACUUUAAUGGAGGUAACGGAGGAACAAUAGUGGUGUGCAACUACAACACGGGUAACAUUGUAGGUCAAUACCCAUACAAGACUGGUACUCCCUGCACCAAAUGCGCGUCUGGCAAAGGGUGGUGCUACAACAACCUGUGUCGAAAUUGUUCUGACUUCGACAAACAUUGCGGCAGCUCUUUGACGACAACAAUGUGCUCUUCACACCCAGAGUUAAUGGAGAAGAAUUGUCCUAAACUAUGCAACAUGUGUGAGUGUCCCUUAAAAUGUCAAAACGGAGGGACAGUAAACAAACAGGACUGCGUUUGUUCUUGCCCCUCCGGGUGGAGGGGUAUGGACUGUUCAGACAAGGCAUGUGAACCUGGCUUUUAUGGAGAAAAUUGCGAAAAUCGUUGUUACGACAAGGUUGGGACAGAAACCUGCCAAUAUCGACUGAAAGUUGGUCACAAAUGUUCAUCGAAAUACAUGGAGAUAGAUUGUGCUUUAACAUGCGGAUAUUGCGUCCUUGCAGGUGGCCAAAAUCAAAUUACCGCAACGGCAGCUUCUGUAACAGCUUUGCCAACAACACCUCAACCAGGAUCAGUAGUUUCUGCUACCACUCCAAGUUCAGUAACAGUUCCACCCACAUCCAAGCCUCAAGUGUGUACAACCGACCAAAAUUCUGGAUGUGAGAGAUGGGCAGCUGUUGGCGAGUGUGAAAAGAACCCGCUGUGGAUGAUAACGAAUUGUUGCAUAAGCUGCAAGCACCAUCAGGCACCAAAAGACUGUUCCGAUGCAAACCCAAGCUGCCCAAGGUGGGCUUACGCUGGAGAAUGUGAAAACAACAGAGUAUGGAUGCUUAAAAACUGCAGAAAAAGUUGCAAUCAAUGUGGAGAUUGCACAGAUUCUGACCCCAAAUGUCCAUCGUGGGCUUUAUCGAACCAAUGCAGCUCGGGUGAUAAGAUAAACGAAAAAUGCAGGAGAAGUUGUGGCUUAUGCAGAGUUUACGACAAACACAAAGAAUGUCCCGCCUGGUCUGCGAUGGACGAAUGUAAAAAAUCCAAUUGGACAUGGAUGGUGGAUCAUUGUCCACGAAGCUGUGAUGUUCCAUUUUCAGAAGCCUCGUUUUGUGGUGGAAAAGAAAACGGUAAUUAUCAGGCCCCCACCACGUGCCAAGCAUACAUAGCGUGUUCGUAUGGCGUCACAAGUCACGUGCAGUGUCCAUUUGGAAAGAAAUUUGAUACACUCAAGAGAAUAUGUGUACUAGUGGACCAAGCCGCCUGUACAGUGGUUCUUCCGAGUAAAAAGUCAAAGCCAUUUAUGAUUGUGACGCUGUAAAGAAGAACAUUGACUGAUUGUAUUGUAGGCAAACUGCAACUGGUUUUAUAUACGUUUUUAAUCUCUUCUGUAUUUCUAGCGAAGUGAUGAUUUGGCUCCGAACUGUAACUUGGGCUUUUGAUCUGAGAAGUUCAGCUAAAUAUAAGAGCUCGCCAUUUUCAUUUUCAAAUUAUGAUUUAGGACACUUGCUGUAAA